UUUAAAAGCUGAAAAUUUCUAAGGGCAGACCUUUACACUAAGCUACAGUGGACUGAACAGACCAACAUCUACUGUAUUUCUGUGACUUAAACUUUAGGGCUUCGAUGGCGACCUUUGAUGACCUCCUGGAAGAGGUCGGCUCUUUUGGCCGCUGUCAGAAGCGGAUCUUCGCCAUGCUCUGUCUUCUGUCGUUGCAAUUUGCUGGCCUCUACGUUGGGAUCGUCUUCCAGGGCUUCACUCCGGAUCACUGGUGCCGGGACUCAGUGUUGGAGGAGAGGAGGAAGGCCUGUGAAUGGAGCAUGGAGGAAAGUCGCAGGAUAACCAUGCCGAUGAUCAACAGCUCAGGACUUCUGCAGCACAGCAGCUGUCAUCAGUACGAGGUGGACUGGAACAGCACAGAACUUACCUGUGACUCAGAAGAACUGGAUCUGAGCAGGCUUUCUGUGGUAGAAUGCAAGGAGGGCUGGGAGUAUCAUUAUGAAGGCAGGAAGUCAUUUGUCACAGAGUUCAACCUGGUGUGUUCCAAUGGAUGGAUGGUGGAUAUGUACCAGUCAACUCUCAACGUGGGCUUCCUCGUAGGCAGCUUUGCUUUUGGUUACUUUGCUGACAGAUUUGGCAGAAUGAAGACUUUCCUGUUAACCAACGUGAUAAACGUAGCAGCAGGAUUUGCUAUGGCUGCGGUUCCAGAUGUCAUCUCCAUCCUGGUGCUCAGGGCUAUCCUCGGCUUCAGCUCCAAAGGAGGCUGGAUGGCCAUUUAUGUGCUGCUGACAGAAAUAGUGGGAGUAAAGUACAGACGCACAGUCGGGAUCUUGUAUCAGAUGUUCUUCAGUGUUGGGAUGCUCAUCCUCCCCCUCCUCGCCUAUUUCAUCACUGACUGGCGUUGGCUACAGGUUGCCAUCACUGCACCAUGUGCCCUUUAUAUUGCUUUCUACUGGUUCGUCCCAGAGUCACCAAGGUGGCUCAUCUCCACGAACAAUUCCUCAAAAGCUCUGGAAAUAACCAAAGCUAUCGCCAAGGAGAACGGGAAAAAACUCUCCUUAAACUUUGAGAUAUUAACUGAUGAUGAAGUGGAGUCCACUUCUACCUCUUUGUUGGACUUGAUCAGAACCCCCAAUAUGAGAAAACACACUUUCAUCCUCAUGUUUAACUGGUUCACCAGCGCUGUGGUUUAUCAGGGUCUCAUCAUGCGGGUCGGGAUAACAAAAGGAAACGUCUAUAUCGACUUCCUCAUCUGCGCCCUGGUUGAGUUUCCCGCCGCUUUCCUCAUCAUCUUUACGAUUGAGCGCAUCGGCCGUCGGCUUCCUUUCGCUUCCGCCAACAUCGUAGCUGGAGUCUCCUGCAUCAUCACUGCCUUCAUUCCUGACAGCAUGUUCUGGAUAAAGACCACAGUGGCCAGUAUUGGUCGGCUUGGGAUUACUAUGGCCUUUGAGAUGGUGGUGUUUGUUAACACUGAGCUCUACCCAACAUCUCUCAGGAACCUGGGGGUGUCAGUUUGUUCCACUCUUUGUGACGUUGGAGGAAUUGUUUCGCCUUUCUUGCUCUACAGACUGGCCAGCAUCUGGCUCGAACUACCACUCAUAAUCUUUGGAGUUGUUGCUCUCAUAGCUGGAGGUUUGGUUCUACUUCUGCCUGAAACCAAAGGAGUAGCUCUCCCUGAUACCAUUGAGGAUGUCGAGUUUCCUGAACGGAAAAAGGGAACUCCAGAAAAUCAAGAAAUGAAGCAAGUCUUGAAAAGCAAUGAAGCAGCAUAAAAUUGUAGCAAAUCUGUUGUAUGUUUACUCCGUGUUUUACAUACCACAACUAUGUUUUUGUUUUUUACUCUAAACUAAUCUCUUCUUUUUAUUUAAGCAUUAUCAUGAGAAAAUAUUUCAUAUUAAAGUGUGGAGGUUUUAAGCUUAAACUAAUAUAUGUUAUUGAUAAGAUUGUAUAUAUACAUACUUUACUGUAUGAAAGUAUUUGGCAACUUACAGAUUGCUUUUGUAAAAGAAACAAAAGUAGGAAUAAAAAGAGUAGGUGAUUUCAA